AUGGCCAGCGGCCUUCCUGUUCGACGUGUAAUACAGCGGGGGAGGCCACCAAGCAAACGCUAUGUUGAGGCGCUCCAGGAAAGGAUUAGAACACUGGAAGCUCAGCUCGAGCGCUUCCAAAACAACGCUGGAAAUCAGGACAGAGGCCUACCGAGCUCCAUCGAAGAUAGUUACAGCACUUCGGAGGGGGAUUCUCUUCCCGAUGAUUCGAGCUACAGAUCUCCAAUCAAGGAUAUAAGCGACCGACUUGGAGCCCUUAACAUUGGUGAAGAUGGCCAGAUCCACUACUUCGGUUCGAGGAGUAACUUCUCACUACUGAAGAACAGUCCUGUAGCGAGUUCAACAGUCUCAUCUCGGGACUUGCAAAAGCAGGCGGCAGAUACACUAGACCAACUGAAUCUUCGCGUUGAGGUAUCCGACGAGUUACGGAACCAUCUCUUGGACCUGUUUUGGAGUUGGCAGAAUACAUGGCAGUACCUCGUCGUCAAGGAAUUGUUCCUCGAGGAUCUGUACAUAACUCAUUCCGGCCGAUAUGCUUCACCUCUGUUGCUCUCUGCGGUAUUGGCGCUUGCAGCUCGGUACUCGGAUCGGGUUGAGCUUCGAAGUAAUCCUCUUGAACAAAAUACGGCGGGUAAUGCUUUGGCUGAGCAGGCUAAGAUGAUACUGUUUUACGAGAGCCAGGCGCCGAAAGUGACGACAGUGCAAGCGACAGCGUUACUUGGGCUUCGAGAGAUAGCUACUGACAAGGAGGCUCUUGGAUGGAUGUAUUGCGGCAUGGCAGCGAGAAUGGCCUUUAACCUCGGACUUCAUCUUGACCGCAGCCACUGGGUUGAAACGGGACACAUAACGAAGGACGAAGCAGAAGUUGGGACCAUUGUUUGGUGGGGAUGCUAUGUUUUAGACAAACUAUUCAACAUUGGACUUGGUCGACCAUCCACUAUCCAAGAACACGAAACAUCUGCCCAGCUGCCUUCUAUGGAUCACAGCGCAGAGUAUGAAUCUUGGCACUCUGAGUCCCCAAUCGGUGAACCUAUCGUUUUCCCACGGAGUCAUCAAGUCUCGAAUAUCCGUGCGACCGUUCAGCUAUUCAGAGUCACAUCAUCGGCCCUGGAUGAGAUAUAUAGACCAGGCAGUCAACAUUCCAAGACUCGGAUUAUGGAACUCGUCACAAAAACGCAUGUCAACAUCAUCGAGUUUCAGAUAAAUCUUCCAAGCUGUCUUCGUCUUUCACCGUCACCACUCGCGCCCACGCUACCUCACAUCUACUUGCUUCACCUCCAAAUUCAUGUUGCAAUAAUCUUGCUGCAUCGACCUUUUGUUGGAGUGCAGCGAAAGACGCUGGACGCUGGCAGCUUUCAUCCGAGCAGCGGAUCAAGCCAUCUCAAGGAGUGCAGCCAGUCCUCACAUUCCAUCAGUAACAUUUUCCGGCUUUACAGCAAACACUACACUUUGCGACGAAUACCAAUCUCAGCCAUUCACUGUGCUUUCACGGCAUCAAUUAUUCUUCUCCUCGAAACUACGUCUACGGAUACUAAAGACCGUGAUCGCGCUAUAGCUUCAUUAAAAGUAUUAGCUGAAGCGCUCGCUGAUAUGAGUACUGCUUGGGCUUGGAGCCAGCGUGCACUGUUUGCGAUUCGCCAAUUGGCUCGAGAAUGGUUAGUUAGCGAAGAUGCAUUUAGUGCACUUGGGAUCAAUAAGGAAGAAAGCCGGCAGGUUAUUGGGGAUACUAUCACAGGUACAACACAAGGGCGUGAUGACGAUGAGUCUAAUAGUUCGCUUUGGGUAGCAGAAGGUCCCCAUUGCUUUGACAUGGAUAUUCCAUUCAUGACUAGCGACGGUCUGGACUACCAGGGAUGGAUAGGCACACUGUUUACAGAACCGGGAUAUCCGGGCGACGCUGCUUGA